GCUAGCUGUUUUUUCUCUUGUGCUUCAUCCAUGGAGGCUACAAGGAAAGAAGUAGAAGAUCAAAAAGAUAAGAAGGUGGCGUUUUCAGUGGUUAAGCCAAGACGGCCUCUUCUUAAGAGAAAAUGGACAAUAUUAGAUCGACGUUCUGCUGGUGCUAUUUUGUUCUUGCAUUUGCUCUCUCUCUUGGCUCCGUUUCAUUGCAAUUGGGCAGCAUUUUGGGUUGCCUUUGCAUUGUAUUUUAUUACAGGUCUGUUCGGGAUUACACUCUCGUACCAUAGAAAUCUCGCACAUAAAAGUUUCAAGCUUCCCAAAUGGCUCGAGUACGCGUUUGCCUAUCUUGGAGUCCAUGCCUUUCAGGGUGAUCCAAUUGAUUGGGUUAGUACACAUAGAUAUCAUCAUCGAUUUGUCGAUACAGAAAGAGAUCCACACAGUCCUUUAGAGGGAUUUUGGUUUAGUCACAUAAUUUGGAUGUUUGAUGCAUAUGCAUUGACCGAAAAGGUUUGUCCAAAAAACGUUCAAGAUUUCAAGGAAAGAGAUGCAAAACGAAAACGAUUUAGCAACAUUUUUGUGGGAUUUGUCAAGUAUGGAAGACCGAACAAUGUCGAGGAUUUACAGAAGCAAGCCUUCUAUAGAUUUCUUCGAAAAACAUACAUUCUUCAUCCGACGGCUCUUGCAAUUGUCCUCUAUGCAACUGGGGGACUUCCCUUUCUUGUUUGGGGAAUGGGGGUGAGGCUUGUCUGGGUGCUGCACAUUACUUUCUUCGUAAAUUCUGCCUGCCACAUAUGGGGCUACAGACGCUGGGACACCAAUGAUUUGUCGAAGAACAAUUGGUGGAUAGGAUUGCUUGCGUUUGGGGAGGGUUGGCACAACAACCACCAUGCUUUUGAAUACUCGGCUCGACAUGGCCUUCAAUGGUGGGAAUUUGACUUGACAUGGUGCGUAGUCUUGGUCCUUCAAGCUCUUGGAUUAGCCACUGAUGUGAAAUUACCCUCUCAAAUUCAUAAACAAAAGUUAGCACUCCACAAUUAGAAGUAGUACUUGACGAUACUUAGAGGUUUGUCUGAUGCAUUGAGUGAGUUAAAUCGAACAUAGAUAUGCGUGGAUGUGUUUUUGGAACGUUUCUAAAUGUCCUUUUUCAGGUAAAAUAAAAUGUCUUAAUAAUAUUGUCA